AUGAUGUUGUGGCGGUCGUUUCUCGGUUUCCCGGUGGAUGCCCAGGCCCGCCUGGACCCGCCCGUGCUGGAGAAUUAUUUCGGCAACUGCUUGGAUAAGGGGUUGGUGAUAAUCGAGCGCAGACGGCUGGUGGGGGAAAAUGGGUUCGUGAUAGAGGUCGAGGCUAUUGCCGACCCUAUUAAGAAUAGGGUGAAUGUUAAUAACGUGGUUUUGAGAGGUGCGGAGAAUUGGCUGUCGGAGAUUAGGAAGUUGAGGGGAAUGAGGGUGUUCUCAGUUUCGGCUUCUCUGAAAUUCAGCUUUUCGGAUGUCGAUUUUGGAUGGGCAAAGUCCAGAAAGUUUGAGAUUGUGUCGGUCGACGGGGAAAUGUAUUCGAUGUCGUUGUGCAAGUCGAUUGUUUCGGAUGGAGGCCUGGAGAUUGAGUUGUCAUUACCAAGGGGUAGAAUGGAAGCUUUUGGUGCUAUAUUUGGGAAGGGAAUUGAUGGGAGUUCAAGAAGAUUUCUAUCCCGAGUGUCUACUGUGGCCCGGCUUUAA